AUGAACACGCAUGUCCCAAUAUCACGGGACAGAAAGAAGCGACUUGUCUUUUACGAUGUCAAAUUUAAUCAGGAUCAAGACUGUUUUGCUGUGGCGCACGAAACAGGCUUCUCUGUUUACAACUCCAACCCCAUCGAUCCCAGGGUAAGCCGAACCUUCAGUGGCACCAGCAGCUCUGGAACAGGCAUUGGGUUAAUCCUGAUGUUUCACAGAACAAACUAUCUUGCAUUGGUCGGCGGAGGGAAAAAUCCUCGGUACCCAAAUAACAAAGUCAUUAUAUGGGAUGACCUCAAGCGGAAGGCGAGUCUCAAUUUGGGGUUCAUGGGACCGGUGGUGAACGUUUUGCUAUCAAGAAUACGAAUUGUUGUGGUUUUGACAAACCAAGUUGUUGUUUAUGAGUUUUCUGCGCCUCCUAAGAAGUUUGCAUCUUACGAAACCUACGAUAAUGAGCAUGGGGUGGCAGAUCUUGCGGUGCACUCGGCUACGAUGCUGCUGCUGAUUCUGCCAGCGCCGUCGUCGAGCUCCUCAGUAAAGUCAGGAAACGGCAACUCCCGCGAAGCUUCCAAGUACCAAAUCCUAGCAUUUCCUGGAAGAACUAUAGGGCAAAUUCAGCUUGUGGAUAUAUCUCCGCAAGGGCUGGAGAAGAACUUCGUUAGCAUCAUAAAAGCACACAAAGCUCGUAUUAGAUGCAUCUGCCUUAACAGAACAGGCACCAUGAUUGCUUCUGCGAGUGAAACAGGGACUAUAAUCAGGAUACAUUCCACUACAUCUACGGCUCUUUUAUAUGAGUUCAGAAGAGGGCUCGAUAAAGCCAUCAUUACAUCCAUGAGCUUCUCUUCGAAUGACUCCAAACUUGCGGUUUUGUCGGACAAGAAUACCUUGCAUGUCUUUAAUGUUGGUUCGAUCGGCGACGCAGCCGUUGCUGAUCAACUCAACGGAGAGAUGUCUCAACAUCAAGCCCAAAGAAAUAGACAGCACAUUUUGAACAAACUCCAGCUUCCGAUCUCUAUACCGAACUACUUCCAGUCCACUUGGUCCUUCUGCUCUGUGAAUAUGAAUAGGUACCAUGCAGAUAUUGAAGAAGGAAGCCUCGGUAAUGAUAUUGGGACAAUUGGCUGGAGUGGUAACAACAAUAUCAUUGUUGUUUGGCGAGAAAAGAGAAUAUGGGAAAUCUACUCUAUUGUUGAAAAGUUCUCUUCGCCCGCAAAAGGCAUUGAAAAGGAUGCAGAUUUUGAGCUCAUACGGUCAAGCUGGAAAACUUUGGACGAUAUGUCAUGA